ACGCCCACCUGCCCGGCCACCGCCUCCAAUUAUAACUAACGCGUCACCUUCCACACCAUUCCUACGCCCGGUGGAUCUGAGAAGACUUCUUCGUGAGGAGAGAGGACAGAGAGAGAUGGCGUCCGCUUGGAGAGGACGAGAUGAGGCGGUGGAUGACUUCGACGAGUAUGAUCCGACGCCUUAUGGCGGGGGGUACGAUCUCAGUCUCACCUUUGGCCGCCCCCUCCCGCCCUCCGAGGAGACCUGCUACCCCAUCUCCUCCGCGGGCUCUAACGUAGACUACGCAAGGCCUCAGUACUCCUCCGGCUCCGUCCCCUCCGCCUACGGGGCCUCCGACUACGGCGAGCCCUAUGGCCGCCCGAAGCCCAAGCCGGAGCCGGCCUACGGCUUCCGGCCCCAGCAAGAGGUCGAGGGAGGUGGAGGCGUCGGUGAUUUUGGUGGCUACGGUGGCGGUCGCCGCCCUCAGCCCAGGCCUGGGUUUCAGGAUCACGGAUCUGAGCCAGGGUCUGGGUAUGGUGGCAGCGAGGAGUACGGAUCUGGGUAUGGUCGUGGGUUACCCAAGCGCGAUGAGGAUAGUUCCUACGGAUACGGGUAUGGGCAAGGGCAGCCCAAGCCCUCAAGAGAGGAGGCUGGGCAAGGAUAUGGUUACGGGAGCAAGUACCAGGGCGGUGGUGAACAUGGAUCUGGUGGCGGUGGCUAUGGCGGUGGCAAUUACGGAUCUGGUGGUGGUGGUGGCAACUACGGAUCUGGCGGUGGUGGUGGCUAUGGCGGUGGCAGUUACGGAUCUGGUGGUGGUGGCUAUGGUAGUGGCGAUUACGGAUCUGGUGGUGGUCACAAGUACCAGGCCGAUGAGUCCGGAUAUGGGUCGAAUCCGAAGCCAACUUAUCAGAGGCCUGUCUCUGGUGGAGAUGAGGAGGGGACUGGGAGGUAUAACAGGCCCGUCUAUGGACGAGAUGAGGAGGGCACUGAGAGGUAUAAUAAGCCCGUCUACGGCGGUGACGAGGAGGAGAGUGGGAGGUAUAAUAGGCCAAGCAGGCACGAUCCUAACCAAGGUGAAGGAUAUGGUCGCCCUAGCUAUGUGAAUCCUGCAUAUGGUGCUGAUCAAGGUGAAGGGUAUGGCCGCCCUAGCUAUGGAAAUGACUCUGAUGAGGAAAAGAAGCACCGCCAUCAUAAGCACCGCCAUCACCACCACGAGUAUGCUGAUGAUUGACUGAACUGACUUCCAUGUUUACAGUGUUUGGUUUGAUGCCCUAACACUGCAGCUAGCAAGUUAAAUAAAGUUAGGGCAAUGGCGUGUACCGGCACUUUGGCUCAUUUCUGCUUGUGUUUUCUUGGGGAAACAAACAAUGUUUGCAAAAUAAGGUGUUUGGAUAAUUGCAAUUAUUGCUACAAGCGCUAUUAUGGCUACUGGUGUGUUUUUGUUUGGUUUGUCA